CCCAUCACCCAGAGACCGGCACCGCCCCAGGAGCAGCCAGGCAGCGAGCACCAGCGGACGGACGGACGGACGGACGGGGCCUGACGCUGGUUCUGUUACCACCUUGAGCAGCCGGAGGCCUCGGAGGAGCCGGUGCCUCCGGGGGAGCGGGGGCCGAAAGGCCUGCGGGCCGAUUUGCAGCCCUGCGGUUUGAACAAGACUUCUCUCACUGAGAACCACUCAGUGUAGCCCAAGCGUUGUUUGGAGUGAUCUGAAGCAGCAGAGUGACGCAGGGUCCCAGGCACUGCCGCCGUGGGCACCGAGCUCAGCGUCCGCCCCGGCGCCAUGGCGCGGGAGGAGUCGUGCCGGGAGGAGCCCAGCUACGACCAGAUGGCCACCCUGGAGCGGGGUCGGCCCGGCGUGGGGAGCUACACGGACGCCAAGCCCGGCGACCUGCAGCUGGCCUCCAGGCUGCCCCCCUGCUUCAGUCACAAGACGUGGGUCUUCUCCGUGCUGAUGGGGGGCUGCCUGCUCGUGACCGCGGGCUUCUCGCUGUACCUGGGGAACGUGUUCCCCUCCGAGAUGGAUUACCUGCGCUGCGCUGCGGGGUCGUGCGUGCCUGCAGCCAUCGUGAGCUUCGCCGUCUCCAGGCGGAACGUCAGUGUGAUCCCCAGUUUCCAGAUGCUGUUUGUGUCCACAUUUGCCGUCACCACCACCUGCCUGAUCUGGUUCGGCUGCAAACUGGUCCUGAACCCGUCGGCCAUAGACAUAAACUUCAACCUGAUCCUGCUGCUGCUGCUGGAGCUGCUCAUGGCGGCCACGGUGAUCGUCUCCGCGAGGUCCGGCGAGGCGCCAGGCAGGCCCAAGGGUUCCGUCUCUGACAGCAGCAACACGCUGUACGAAGUCGCCUUUCCUGUGCGGGUCCUGAAAUCCUACUCAGUCAUCGAGGUGAUUGCCGGCGUCUCUGCAGUCCUGGGUGGGGUCAUCGCCCUGAAUGUGGACGACGCCGUCUCCAGCCCGCACCUCUCGGUGACAUUCUUUUGGAUCUUAGUGGCCUGCUUCCCCAGCGCCAUUGCCAGUCACGUGACAGCAGAGUGUCCCAGCAGGUGUCUGGUGGAGGUGCUGAUGGCCAUCUGCAGCCUCUCGGCGCCGCUGCUGUUCACGGCCGCCGGGUACCUGACCUUCAGCGCGAGGAGGGUCAUGGAGGUGUUUGAAGAUCACCCGCCCGCCCUCAAGUCCCACGACGUGCUGCUGCUGCUGCUGAUGCUGGAGCUGCUGCUGCAGGCGGGCCUGCACACGGGCACCGUCAUCCAGUGCGCCAGCUUCAAGGUGGCCGGCCCCCGGGAGCGCCCCGCCGCCCAGGUGGCCCGGAGCCCCCUGAAGGAGUUCGACAAGGAGAAAGCCUGGAGAGCCGUGGUGGUGCAGAUGGCCCAGUGACGGCGUGGCCCCGCACACGGCCGCGCCCAGAUGCUAGUCCCCCCGAGCUGCUACCUUCUAACCCCUUCCUGCGGUGAGGCCGCUGGCUGCCAGGUGGACUUUCAUUUCUAAACAGGCAAAUGCUGACCGUGCUGUGCUUGCGGGUCGGUCAGCUCGGUGCCGGGUGAGGAGGGGCCCGAGCUGGGGCUGGACUCUCCGCGCCGGCCGCGGCAGCUUUCCUGUCCACUGUGGCCUGCCGCCGCUGUCUGCCCCACCUGCCCCUCACCCAGUGCCCGCCCGGGUUGCGUUGAGCACCUGCUGUGCGCAGACGGCUGCACGCCGGCCCAGCCCAUUCGGCGUUUCCGCUCUGAGUUCCCUGACCGAGGCCCCGCCCAGCACCGUCUUCCGGACGAGGGCAGACCUGCGUGCUCUGUCCUGUGUCCAGGCCCCGAGACACUGCUGCUCCCCGGGGUGUGGACGCAGGACAGCCGCACCUACGCCCCUUCCCCACCACGACCCCCUGCCGCACUGCUGCCCUCUCUCUGCCGACCCAGUCAUUGCGGACGCGGCCCCCCCGAUCCGGGGUGCCGCUCCACGCACGGGCAGCUGGUCUGCACUUGUCACCAGCCAGUCGCAGCCCCUGAGCCCUUGGUCAGCAACCACACGGAGCUCAGCCAUCCACUGCGCCAGCUCAGUGACCUCUGGAGCGGGGCCGCAUCAACCGCUUUGAAAACUGCCCGGGUCGCAUCUCUGUGUCUCGAUGGCCGCAGUGACCCGGGCCAGGCGGAGCCCCUCCCCCUCCCUCCUGCCCCGUCGCCUCUGCUCCCCUGGCCAGACCACGGCCGCCACCUGCCAGACGCUGCGCCCCGGAGUCCUCACCACCUGCUAACCAGUAGUCCGUCUCGAUCCUCACUCACCUGGGGGCUGGGCCGGGCUGGGGGUCUCCUCCAUCCGCCCCCACCCGCCUGCCAGACUUCAGGACAGUGUGGGUGUGAGAAUAACACUUGCUCUGAUUAAACGUGUG